CCGAAAGAGGGAAGAAAGUAGAGAAAACGAAGCCUCGUGAGGGAUUCGUGGGGUUUGUUGCAGGCGGUUCUCUUUCCUCCACAGCUCACCACCACCACCUCCUCCAAUCGAUCUCACGAAGAUCUUCCCCAAAUCAUUGAAUCGUCUACCAGAAAUUCCGAUAACCGCAUUGAUAGUUUAGGAAUUCGAAUCGCGUGGAAGAGAGAGAGAAGGAAAAGCGGGAAAACUCGCGGAGGUUGACGGCAGCGGAGGAGGGAGUGUUGUUAUGCGUUCGCGGCGAUCGAGGGAUGAGCGGUUGCGGAAGAGGUGGGAGUCUUGAUUGGAUUCAAACUGCAGAUGAGCUGGAUGCCGCGUCUUCUGAGUCAGAAGCGUAAGAACGGUCCGCCUCUAGGGUUGCGGAACCUCGGCAACACCUGUUACCUUAACAGCGUCCUUCAGUGCCUCACUUACACCCCGCCUCUCGCCAAUUUCUGUCUCUCUCACGAGCACUCUUCUCUCUGCGACUCUGUUUUGGAUGGGGAAUGGAAACGCGACUGUGCUUUUUGUAUACUUGAGAAAAGAAUAGCAAGGUCUCUUAGUGUCGAUCUCACACUGGACGCACCUAACAAGAUUCUUAAGUGCCUCAAAAUUUUUGCCGAGCAUUUUAAGUUUGGGCGUCAAGAAGACGCUCAUGAGUUCUUGCGGUAUGUGAUUGAUGCAUGCCACGAUACUUGUCUUCGCCUGAAGAAGUUGCGAUGGAAAGGAACCGAGCCCUUCAAUGGCAACACUGUAGUUAAGGAGAUUUUUGGCGGUGCUUUGCUGAGUCAGGUCAAGUGUUUGUCAUGCGGGGUGGAAUCCAAUAAGUCAGAUGAGAUUAUGGAUAUCAGUCUUGAAAUUUUGCAGAGUAAUUCUCUUAAGGAGUCAAUGCUUAAGUUCUUUCGGCCAGAGAUUUUAGAUGCCAACAACAAGUAUAAAUGUGAGAGCUGCAAGAAAUUGGUGGUCGCAAGGAAACAAAUGUCAGUACUCCAAGCGCCUAAUAUCCUUGUUAUCCAAUUGAAAAGGUUUGAGGGCAUAUUUGGUGGGAAGAUUGAUAAGGCUAUUGCAUUUGAUGAAGUUCUGGUACUAUCGAGCUUCAUGAAUAAAAUAAGCAAGGAUCCUCGACCAGAAUACAAGCUUUUCGGGACAAUUGUGCAUUCAGGAUUCUCACCUGAAUCUGGGCACUAUUACGCAUACAUUAAGGAUGCCUUGGGUCGAUGGUACUGCUGCAAUGAUUCGCUUGUGUCACUUUCCAACGUGCAGGAGGUGUUGUCAGAGAAAGCUUAUAUUCUUUUCUUCUGUCGUUCCAACCAAAGGCCAGUAUCUUCUAGAACUUUGGUAGCAUCCAAUGGGGUCAUGUCUCGUGAAAGUAAUCGACGCGAGACAUCAAAGUCCCUGAAACCUGUUAGAUCCGUUAAAGAUGGUAGCACGAAAACACGAGAUGAACGUCAAUCCUUCCGAAAGGAGAACUCGGCUACUUCUAAAGUUGAAAAAGCCUCUUUAAGACCGCAUGCAAAGGUCAAUUUUUCUGUGAACCUUGGUGUCAAAAGGGUACGUCCAACUAUGAAUGGUAGACUUGCUAUCCAGAAAGAUCAAACCAUUGUUGCUAAGCGGGUUGGGAAAGAUUUGAUCCAAGCAGAAAAAGAGAAGAACGUAUCACUUCCGCCAACUAGAGGUUCAUCUGGCACAGACAAAAUGGUUGAUGCUGAAAAUGAUUUCUCCGGAAUUAGAGAGAAUGGUAACGCUCAGGGUCAUAAUGAUAAUCAUGUAGGUAAGCUACAUCCCCACGAGAGUAGCGGCUCAGGCAAUGGGACUGAUCUCCAUGAAGUUGAGAACGGCAUUGCCACUACCCUGCCCAAAACCUUGGGUUCCAGGAGAAAACUGGAUGAAGAUUCACAUGUUUUUCUUCGGAAAGAUGAUUUAUUUCGUGUUAAAGUUGAAGCACUAAAAGAGAGCCUCAAGAAAGAUGCUGCUUCAUAUUUGCGAUCUUGUGGAUGGUAUGAUAAAGUUCAAGCUUCCAUGCAUGGGAGGAAGAGGUUGUAUACAGAAGAAGCAGGAGAUGGCCUAGAUGGCAGCGAAUUAAAGAGGAGGCUGAUUACGGAUGCAAAAUCACGUUUUAACUCCGAGAUUCCUGAGUCGUUGAAAGCAGAGCUCGUGAAACGUCUUUCGGAUUUUGGCAAUGAGAGAGACUCUUUGCGUUCUUGACCAUUACUGAAACCAUGUUUCCUGGUACAUCUUCUUCUUACAAAACGAAGCUUUUUCUUUUACAUUCCUUUCAGAGCUGAGUGAGUGUUGCCUAAUAAUGUUGCUAAAAUUCUAUAUUUUAUCUUUGUGCCGUGGUCUCAAAGUUUUGUUUUUCUGAUAAUCCGGAAUUUCACUAGGUAUUUAGUCCAACUACAUCUUUCAUAGCAUUGGGGAAGUUCGGGUGAAUAUCCCUCUCUACGAUUGGGUUUGAACCCGGGAUAAUAAUAUGAUUUGCAUGUUCUGCUACCCCAACUUGGGUAGUGGUCUCAAAGUUUCACUUACUGCUAAGUAACGAGUAGAGAGAGCGAGAAGGAUUUGUGCAUUUGGAGGUUGAGGUGCGUUGAGAGUAAAAAGGUAAAUAUGGGGGAAAAAAAAAGAAAGGUUAGAAAUCAUCAGUUUGUGUAAAAGGAAACAGUUAUUAUCAAACGAUUCAGCUUCGCACAGAUGUUAAUCUGUGUGGAUAUAUGGACUCCUCUUGGGUUCUCUCUGAGUGGGUAUUUCGGA